AUGACGAUCAUGGAGUUUCUCCGACUUGCCGCGCAAGGCACAGUCUUUUUCCGCCACCGAGAUGACGAUGACUAUGUGAUAUACGGCUUACUCUACUACAUCCAUCGGAGUUUACUCACCGAGCUCUUUCUUGCCGAGCACGCUCUACGUGAACUCACGCAGCGUGAGGAACGGCUCCACCACAAAGUCAUAGCAUUACAAAAGGCCGUGGCUAUCGAAUCUGAUGGGAAUUCUUAUGCAACCCAUCUCGAAAACGCACAGUCACAGCUUGAAAUGGCACGAGCGCAAUAUCCUCGAAAGGCGCAUGACCUUUUCCUAGUAGAGUACAGAUUCCCCCCAGAGAUGCAACAUGCCUAUCACAGCUUAAGGCGUGACCCUGAAUGGUUUAUGCGCAAGGAAAUGAUUCAGGAGUGUUCUGACCGAGGCGGUAGGGGCCAUUGCACUGCAGAGUGCGAGUGCUGCAUCGGCUUUCGAGGUUUUGAGCUCUCUGAGGAAGUGAAACAGGAGAUGAGCAAAGGUCUCCAAGCUAUGCUGGAAGAAGAAACCAAUCCGGUCUAUACUAUCCAUUUGGCCAGUUGCUUCUUUCGCGUACACGUCGUAGGAAUCGGGAUCAUGGAGUUCCUCCGACUUGCGCGAGUUGCGCCGCAGGGCACAGACUUUUUCCGCGUCGAAAGUGACAAUACCUGUUUGAGCGGCCGAAACGUCUAUGUCGGUCGGUGUUUACUCGCCAAGCUCUUUCUUGCUGAGCACGCUCUACGUGGACUCACGCAGCGCGAGGAGCGGCUACACCGCAAGGUUAUGGCCUUACAAAAGACCGUGGCUAUCGAAUGUGAUGGGAGGUCCGAUGCGACCCAUCUCGAAAACGUACAGCAACAGCUUCAAAUGACUCGAGAGCAAUAUCCUGGAAAGGCACACGCCCUUUUCCUAGCA